AGAGACCAAUGGACACUGGAGGGGAACCUUGUUGUGCGCCGUCUACUGCCGUUUCAUCACAGAUACCUGGAGAGGAUUGCAAUCACCACGAGCACACACAGUCGCGCUCUUAUAUUUACAUUUUGCCUGUGCCAUCUCUGAGCGCGCACGUGUAGAAUAGUCUACAGAGUAAUUGUCUUUGUCCUAUAUAGCCUAGUAGUGCACUUGUUUUUCAUUUACUGAGGCUAAUUUAUGCAGCUGCCAUGACCAUUUUGGCUUGACGGGGACUGACUGAUGUCUGUCCCAUUUCCCACUACUCUAUCGCAAGAGCCUUUCGGAAGCACCUGCAUCAACGCGCAAAGGAAGGAGCCCGUUGUUUUCCACCGCGGACAUAGGAACCCAACACAUUAGGCUUUGGAUAUAGGCUGCCCGUAGCCAUGCAACGGCACCUCACAUCAAAGAUGCUGUGGGGAAGAAGAUGCUGCUUUGAAACUGGAGCAUUGUUAACCAUGAUGUAGAGGUUCCUUCCGGCUAUAUCGGGUUGGAUUAUGUAGACUGCGAUAGGCUUGCUGGCGAGUUUACGUUGCACCGUGAUUUGAACCUCAGUUUUCCUAAGGUGAUCCAUGCCCCUGUGUUUUUGCCUUUGUCAACAUGUCCCCAGCAUCGGCUGCCACGGCCAGUGAGAGCAGUACCACUACCGUUCCCGAGGAGGACACAGAGGAGAGCCCCCGCGAGGAGCAGCGGCCCCUGAAGCAGUCCCUCAGUAAGUCCCUGUGCAGGGAGAGCCAUUGGAAAUGCCUGCUCCUGUCCCUGCUCAUGUAUGGCUGCGUGGGGGCCAUGACCUGGUGCCACGUGACCAAGGUGACGCGCCUCUCCUUCGACAGUGCCUACAAGGUCAAGUCCAUGAUGUACCACGAAAGCCCCUGCUCCAACGGCUACAUCUACAUCCCUGUGGCCUUCAUGGUCAUGCUCUAUGUGGUCUACCUGGUGGAGUGCUGGCACUGCCACACCCGCAACGAGCUACAGCACAAGGUGAACUUGGACGGUGUGGGCGAGCGCAUCGGGCGCAUGCAGCAGGCCACGCCCUGCAUCUGGUGGAAGGCCAUCAGCUACCACUAUGUGCGGCGGACACGGCAGGUAACACGGUACCGUAACGGAGACGCAUACACCACCACGCAGGUGUACCACGAGCGCGUCAACACACAUGUGGCCGAGGCGGAGUUCGACUACAGCAACUGCGGUGUGAAGGACAUCUCCAAGCAGCUGCAGGGCCUGGACGGCUUCCCUGUCACCAAGCUGAGGUUCACCAAGUGCUUUAGCUUCGCCAAUGUGGAGUCGGAGAAUGCCUACCUGACUCAGCGGGCCCGCUUCUUCACUGAGAAUGAGGGCCUGGACGACUACAUGGAGGCCCGCGAGGGAAUGCACCUGAAGAAUGUAGACUUUAAGGAGUACAUGAUUGCCUUCUCGGAUCCGGACCACCUGCCCUGGUACGUGUCCAACUACGUGUUCUGGACGGCCGCUGCCUUCACCUUCUCCUGGCCGCUGCGCGUGCUAACCGAGUACCGCACGGCCUACGUCCACUACCACGUGGAGAAGCUGUUCGGCUUCGACUAUGUCCCUGUCACGCCAUCUGAGGAGCGACCAUACUGCCGCCACAUCCCUCGGGUCAACACCAUCGACAGCACCGAGCUGGAAUGGCACAUCCGCUCCAACCAGCAGCUGGUGCCCAGCUAUUCGGAGGCUGUACUUAUGGACCUGGCUCAGCUCUCGUCAGGUGGCGGCGGCAGUGCCAACACCUACUCAGUGUGCGGCAGCUACGGUAGCUACCGGCAGAACUGCGAGCGCUGCCACCGCACCAUCAGCAGCUCGUCCAUCUUCUCGCGCAGCGCUCUGACCAUCUGCAACGGGACUAGCCCACGCAUCCCCUUCAGUGGCAGCCGCUUCUCGCUGUCGCGGCUGUACGGCUCGCGGCGCAGCUGCCUGUGGCGGAGCAGCGGCAGCCUCAACGAGACAUCGUGCCCCACAGAGAGCACGCGCUGCCUGACGCCGUCGGGCCAGCCAACUAGCGUGGAGAACCCGCCGGACUACCAGGACGCGCUCUACUUCCCCGUGCUCAUCGUGCACCGCAACGAGGGCUGCCUGAACCACUCUCUGCACAGGAACGGAUCCUGCGUGGAGACCUCCAUAUGACCCAGCGCUGGGCCUCCCAGUCCAGACCUGAACAAGGAAUGUAAUGUUACUGUCCUUUCUCUGGGAGGACGCUGACUGGAUAAUGAACCUUCCUUUUCGCUCCAGGGAAGGCUAAUAUGGUUCUUUUUUUUUUCAUUAGACCACAGAACACAUGACACACCAGUGGCAUUCCGGAACCCUUCCAGACCUCUUCCAACACUGUUUAUCAAAGACAGUACUGGAUUAAAUGCACAUUUUGAAUGCUCACUCCACCUUUUCAAUACCUUCCUUUGCAGCCCAGCCCAUCUCACAUGAGAUGCCCUCCAGUGAUAUGUUCAUCAUAGUAAGUAAUAGAUUAUGUAACUGUCUCAAAGCAUGUAUGAAAAAACCACAUUCACAGGCAUAAUCAGACAGUCUGAAACAAAUGGACAUAAUGAUCUGAGAAUGAUAUUUGGAAGGACAUAUGUUGCGCAGAAUGCACACCACCACCAUUCUGGACCAAUCACAAUGCUCUGUUCAUAUCAGUUUGAGUUUCCUUAACCAAAGUGUCAUGUUAGCUUCCACAGUAUCUAUAAAUAGAGAACAUGAAAAAGCAAGGUACACUAACAGACAUUUGGCCCGAGAAUAAAUCGUAUGCAUUUUGGUUGUUGUCAUAACCAGGUAGCAAAGAACUUCAAUUGGAACAUCUGUUUUUGAAGUUGGAUUAAAUUGGUUAUUUUGUAAGAGUCUUAGAAGGGAUGUCUUGUGACUGAAAAUCCCCAACACAGCUCAACACAGCUCAAGACAGCUCAACGGUAGAGGCCUCCAACACAGCUCGACUAGAGGCCUCCAUUGGAGAGGACUCAUAAGUGGGGCAUGAGUUUAAGGAACAUAAACAUUAUUUAUUCAAGCCUUAGAGAGCAAUUUGGAGAUGGCAAGGAAAACCACAUUAAAUAAUUGAGAGCAGGAAAAGUUUAAAACAUCUGACUUAUUUUUCUAGUAAAUGCAUGACUGGCCAUUUUAAAUGAUGUUGCAGAUAUCAAAGUAAACAUAUACAGUGUAUAAUUUGUUUCCCCUCUAGAUCAUGGUUCUCAAUGAAAAGCCUUGGACGCAGAUCUAAAAUUAUAAUUAAAACAUUAACAUUUGAAA